AAGAGUGAAGACGAACAGGCAAAAAUUGAACAAGUACAUCAAUUUGUAGAAAACUGUUUGCUCUACAAGAUGUAAUAGCUUGUCAAGUUCGAAACUAUUCUGAUUAAUCUGUAUUAAUCAAAGAAAUCAGAAAAACCGUGACACCGCUUUUGAUCAUUAUUUGUCACAGCGUCAAGAUUUUUCUGGUUUUUCUUUGAUUAAUACAGAUUAAUCAGAAUAGUUUCGAACUUGACAAGCUAUUACAUCUUGUAGAGCAAACAGUUUUCUACAAAUUGAUGUACUUGUUCAAUUUUUGCCUGUUCGUCUUCACUCUUUUAGACACGUUUUUUAGAUAGCUCUCAGAUCGAUUUUUGGGGCUGUUUGUACAACAGUUGUAUUUUCAUAGAGAAUCAACGUUCAGAGUUGAGACACUUUUCAUGUUAUAGAGAAAUGUUUAAUCUACUUAAUUAUCUAGUUGCAAUUUUAGAUUAGUUUGUAGCUUUAUUGCAAUAACGGGACCGUUAGUUGGACAAGCCGUGUAGCCGUUUGCAUAUCGUUCCAACUAAGAUACAUUUCUAAUUCCAAAUCAAGAUACUUUUUACAUUGGGUAUUUCAGAUUUUGUUCGUAAAAAAUCCAAAGAGAUGUAUCAACAAUAUUAAAUAAAGAAAAUUUAUAUUGUUGUGAGCGUCUCAGAAGGGUAUUGAACAUUGAAUGAGUACGAAUAAUAAUUGCAGAUAUUCUCUUAUUUCACGGAAUAAUAAAACCACAUCUAUGAAUAACAUUUACGGGCAUAAGAAUAUCCAAUAUCGAGUGCAUGUUGAUCAAGUGAUUUCAUUGUAUCUCAGUUAAGAAAAGUAGUUCUAUUUAUAUUUUUCCAUUUUCCAACUGAAAUACCCAAUUUAACAAGUAUCUUGACUCAAAAUUAAAAAUGUAUAUCUCAGUUGGUACGUAGCCGCUGUUUGCUAUAAAAUGCAUGUGCUUUUGUAAUAAAAUAAAACAGAUUCAUUUAUAAAUAAUCGCUGCAUAUUUCAUAUUUAAUCAAUUAAAAUUUUGCAUACACAUCGUCCACAUUUGUACGCCAAUUUAGAAGAAACGCCAUAUUUUUCUUUCUUUAUCAUCGUUAAGAUUCAAAGUCGACGAUGUAAUGAUUGAAAUCUCAUGAAAUGAGUGUGCGAUACUGAAAUUCAAAUUUACACUCGAUAUAAACUAUAUUGCUAGCAUUGUUACGUUUGAAUUAUAGAUUUCAGUAUCGUUUCAAAUAGGUAAAAUAUUAGCCUUUUUUAUUCUCGAAAUAAUCAUAAGGAUUGUGUUGUUAACGUAUUGACUAUCAAAGUGUAUUAUCAAUAAAUUCAUCGUUGUUCAUACAGGUGCUAUUCGUUCUUUCUAACAAUAUCAUUUUCUGGUACCGCAAUUAUCUUGUCGUGAUGUUCUACUAAAUGCUUGACAUUCAAUGCAUAAGUUUUUCUGUAAAAAUGUCAGACAAAUUUUGCUGGCUUUUUUAAGAAAGUCAAAUAACUCAUUAAAAUAAAUUCGAUCUCCUGCAAAUUAUUGCUAUGCGUGUAUUUGCUUGAAAAAAAAAAUUACACGCGAAGCAGUGAUGUGACUAAAGAGCUUAUGACAAUUAUAUUUCACUAAAACAAAAUAAUAAAAGAAAUAUAUCAAAACUUGAUAUAAUAGUAUAAAAACUCUUCACUCGUUACUAUACUCGUCAUUCUGUUACAUUAAGAAAAAAGCGAUCUUUCAAAAUUUCACUAUGGCUAUUUCAUAUGGAAAUCUUAAAAUCGAACCGCAUCCGGAUCAGAAAUCAAGCGAACGUUUAGUAAGAUGUCAAAUAAGAAAUAUAUGAAAGGAUAAAAAACAAUUCUGUAUCAGAUAUUUUUGACUAUUUAGUAAUGUUAAAUAUUUGUUUGUUCUAUUUUCUGUUUAGAAAUCGUUGAGAUUUAUUGAAUACAGUGAUCUUAUUGUACGUCGUAAUACGCAUGAAUCAACAAUGUUAGACUUGCGUUUACAAAAAUUAAAACGUCAAAAAACAAUGUUCAUACAUCAUUAUAAUCAAGAUAUUCAACAAAAACGUUUAGAAUUAGAACAAUUUUUAAAAAGUUUAGAACCAUUAGAUCAACACGAUGAUUCAGGCGAUGAUGAAAUAGUUGAUAUGGUACCUCAAUCUCGUCUAUCUCGUCUAUCUCGUCAAUCAACAACAACAUUUAAAGAUAAUCCAAUGUCAUUUUAUUCAAUAAAAUUGAGAAAUGCAUCGGCACCUGUACGUUCAUAUCGUACAUCAUCAAUGCCAAAAGUAUCUCUCGAUAUUCGUCCAAAUACAACCGUUGAAAACCGUCGGUUAGCAAGUGCACACUUUUUAAGAAAUAAAUCGGCAUUAAGUGUGUUUAAAGAUAUUACAUUGAGACCGCCGUGUAAGAAUAUAUUGGAUAUGUUAGUUUUAGUAAAAAAUAACGAUAUGAACGAAAAACCUAUUUAUAGUAAUAAUUAUUUGAGAAAAUGGUCCAGACAAAACAUUCGACGAUUUGUUUCAUGA